GGCGCUUGGCCUCGCCGGGCUGCCGUCGAGGGGCGGGGCCGCAGCGGCAGCCAUGGCGGUGCCGGUCGUCCCGGAGACUGACAGCAUCCGCAGGGCUGUGUCGCUGCUCAACGCCGUGGACUCGGGCCGGUUCCCGCGGCUCCUCUCCCGCCUUCUCCAGAAGCUGCACCUGAAGGCUGAAAGUAGCUUCAGUGAAGAGGAAGAAGGAAAACUUCAAAUAGCUUUUUUGUUGGAAAAGCAGGAUCUUCACCUAGUUCUUGAAACUAUAUCAUUCAUUUUGGAGCAGGCAGUCUAUCAUAAUUUGAAGCCUGCUUCAUUACAGCAACAGCUGCAAAGCAUUCACCUGGAUCAAGACAAAGCUGAAGCAUUUGCCAGUGUGUGGGCAGCCGCAGGUCAAGAUACGAUUGAAAAGUUCAGGCAGAGGGUUUUGACCCCUCAGAAGCUUGAAACAAUUGGAUGGCAGCUUAAUCUUCAAAUGGCAGAGUCCAUGCAAGCGAAGCUGAAGUCUCCUCGAGCUGUGCUAGAGCUGGGAGUGAGCAAUGAAGAUUCAAAGAACCUGAAGAAAGUGUUUGUAGAAUUUAGUCAUCAGGAGCUGUUUGAGUUCUAUAACAAGCUGGAAACUAUACAAGCACAGCUGGAUUCCCUUACAUGAUGUUUUUGAAGACUUAUUUCUUCAUCACACUCCUGCCACCUCAUUAUUUUGAAUUGAAGAUAGAUUGCCAAGCUGUGUUUGCUGAAGGAUUCAGUGGGUUGCUUCCUGUAAAAUUAUAUAGCUUAUCUCCUUUUUAAACCAGUAACAUUAGCCAGGAGUCUUUGUUAAGAGUCUGAAGAAUCAAAUGGACUUUCUCUUGUUUUCUGAGCAAUUCUGAAGAAUGGCUUUACUUGCAGGAAAAAAAAAAAAAAAAAAAGCUACCCUGCUUCAGAAAUCUCUUUUUUUUUUUAUCUUGUUACUUGUGUUACUUGAUUCUGGUAGAAAUUUACAUACUAAUGAGGGACCAGGAAUAAAAUCUAUUUUUUUGACAGAAAAGGAUUAUAAAAGUAGUAAGAAAAUACACAGCUAAUAAACUCUCUGUCAUUUUUAACUGUUAUUCAUGUGAUUGAUAAUGCUUAUUGCAAAUUUGUCAAAAUAAAUUGAGAUUUUAAAAUGGAUUAGUUUGGGCUAUUUUAACUUCAUUAUCUUGGUUCUGUUUUAAUUUGGAAGCUUUUUUCUUCUAAAUAAUCAACAAUAUCACUGAUUUCAGUGUUUACUUUUGUCACUGAGAAUAAAUACAGCUUCUUAGCACUGCAUGCA